AUGCGCGACGACCGCGUCGAGGCCGGCUCCCUCGCCGACCUCAACCUCUUGGCCGCCAACCCGCCGCGCUACCCCGUCAACCCGACCGACGAGCCGCGCGAGCCCUUGACGCUGUACAUCUCCCGCGUGCCCGGCACCCGCGACGUCAUCCUGUCGACGCUCAAGCCGCAGCGCAAGAAUGUGACGAGCGAAGACGUGGCCAACGCCUUGUACUAUGUCCAUCUCGAUCUGCCGUCGGACGGGCUGUUGGUGGCGCCACAACCUGCGGCAGCAGCAGCCGGCUCGACUGGCCCGACUGGCCCGACUGGCCCGACAGCACCAACCGUAGCACGAAAACCGGUACCGUCUCCGGCGCCACGUCCGGCGCCGCGGCCGACACCCGCCGACAUCCCUGCGGUCGUCGCCCCCCCGACCAGCACAGCGCCCCCCGAGGCACCGGCACCACCGCCACAUCGCGAACUGGUCUCGCCCCGAGCGCCGAUGCCAUGGGUGCCGCCUGGUUUUCGGCUGGACGAAGGGCACAGCUUCGACGCUGUCCCGCCUGCAUCUGCCCACGAUACCCUUCCAUCACAACAGCAACAACAACAGCAGCAACCGCCGCCGGCAGUGCAGCCGUUCCCGGCCACGUCCACACUGCCUAUACGGUCACGACCGUUGCCGGGGCGGCCUGUCCCGGGGAACAGCAGCAGCAAUGGACCCCCACCCGUCGGGCCGCCGCAAGGCACCCCAGGCACACAAGGCACCUCACCGACCAUACCGCGCAAGCCAGUCGGCCCUCGACCAGACAGCUUCGACGCUAGCGGCGGGGUCGUCCCGGUACGGCCGCAUGACAAGGCUCUGCCGCAGGUGCCGGCCGCCCAAGCGCAACCGCGCAGCAGCCAGCAACAGCACCCGCCCGCACCCGCCCGCACACAAUCCACCACCCCCAGCCACUUUGUGCCCUUCCAGCUCACCCUCAUCCGCCGCGACCCCUCGACCAGCCACCAGUGGAACAUUGGCAAGAUUGCGUCCGUGCAGGCGGUGGACGCGCCGGACGACGAUCCGGCGGCCGCGUCCUCCGAGUCCACCCCCACCCCCCCGCCGCCGCCGCCACCCAAGGAGCAGCCGUCCAUCCGCAUCCGCCUCGAGACGUCUGGGUACGCCAAGUUCCGCGGCGACGACGGCGACACCGCCUUUGCGCGCCACGUGGUCAUGGCCUACACGAAGAGCUGGACCGCGGGCCUUCGCCAUGCCUUGAAACGCCCGGCGCAGAGCCACGCGCGGUCGUCGUCGGCCGACGGCGCGGCGGCGAUGGGCGGUGGUGCUGGUCCGACCGGGUACGGCCACGGGUACGGCCCCGGGUACGGCCCCGACGACCUCGAACCGCUCCGCCGCUUCUUGCGUCCGAGGAACAACUCGUUGGUCUCCACGACCGACGCGGCCUUGGCGCGGCGCGAUGCACCGGCCGAUCCCCGCCGCAGCAUCGACUUUGGCGGCGGCCGCCGCCACCGCUCCACGUCCCCGUCCAAGUCCGCCGCCCCCGCCGCCCUUAUCACGCGCCCCGGCCCCGGCCUCAAACCCAAGGGCUACUCCUUCACCAGCCCUUGGGACGGCCGCUGCGAUUUCCGCACCGGCAACGGCGGCCGCAGUCUCAAGUGCCGCCACAUCCUGCACCCGGCCGCCGCCGACGGGACGACGGGCGGCGGUGGCGGCGGCGGCGGCGUUGCCGGGUACAACCCCUUGGUGAUUGCCCAGAGCUUCCGCGACGGGCCCGGCCAGGGGCUGGCGGCCGUGGCGGCGGCGACGUCGAGCGUUGUCGGGGGCGGUGCGGACGGCGGCGGGCGGGCGGGCGCGUCCUCGUUGACGUCCGCCCUGACGGGCGCCGUCGCCGUCAGCGAGCUGCGGUUCAACCUGCCGCGCGGCGAGCUGAUGCGGCGGCCGCGGGCGGGCCGGGACGACUCGGAGGAGGGGGCGCGCGAAGGUCGGGGAGGCGGCGGCGGCGCCCGGGCCGACCAGCUGUACGGCCGCUUCCAGGACCAUCUGCACCACUGGCAGCAGCAGCAUGCCCGGCGCCGGGGCUCGUCCACUGCCGAAGACGCCGAAGACGACGAAGACGACGACGACGACGUUGGCUUUGACGACGGCGACGACCACGACCACGAAACCGACGAGCUGGACUUGCGCCUGGGGCGCGAAAAGGCCGGCGGCGGCAACCGCGGCAAACGCGCCAAGCUGGGCAAGCUGAUUGUCUACGACGACGGCUUCAAGAUGCUGGAUCUGGUCGUCGCGGCGAACAUGGGUGUCUGGUGGGUGUCGUGGGAGCGGAGCUUUUGA